AUGUUUGAAAGAGUGGCGCUCGUUGGCCUCGGCUUUGGUUCUUACGUGGAGAAACUUCGCGCCCCGUAUUUGCUUUCCUUGCGCGUAAUAGGAGGGAAUCGUGCUGGGCUCAGACUUGACGACGUGUCUUCUUUGGUGGAAGCCGAGUUAGAUUUUUCCGUUGAAAGUUGGGAUCCCAAUUCCAAGGGCCGCGACUUGUUGAGGCAUCUUCUUGAGAAGCUGCGUGGAGUUCCUACCAUCACCACCGGCGGUUGGUGUUUGCAGGUUCUGUCCCUCUUGGAGAUGGAUGGAGUGCCGUCUCCAUUGUCAAAAUGUCAGAAUCUGAUACUACAUGCACCAGUUAAUCAAUGGGACCUUCCCGGGAUAGCAUACAUGCUACGAAGUUCACAGUGCCUGGAAAAAUUAGUCAUAUACCUGACUUGCUUCCCGAUGGUAUGUUCCUUUGCUAUGGUAUUUUCGAUUCGCUUCUUGUGCUGACUUCUCUUUCGCAUUGAUGUUUAAACAAUGAGUUAAAACUUUAGAAGCACAUAAAGAAGAUCAAUCUCUAACUCUUAUUUGUUCCAGCAAUUGAAAAUUGCCCAACCCUGUGAGUCUAGCAGCCUGUGUGCAGGGCAACAUUAAGCUGUUUGGUUCAUGUCUUAAAGUAACUGCAGUGUUGGACUGGAGGUCCUUUUGCUGCCAUGUAGCGUUCGAAUCUUGAACUAAGAGUUUAGCGAUGAGCACCUAGAAAGAGAACAUGUUUAUAUGUGUAGACGAGUUUGAGAGCUUAAAUUAAAGU